AUGGCGAACAAGAGCACAAUUCUGCCCGUGGUGACUGAAAAGUCCUUUGCACCCUCCAUUCAGUCAGUGCCAAGGAAUGAGACCUCAAGCCACACUAGCCAGCCAUCAUUGGACGCGAAGGCGGUAAUCAUCCUCGACAAUGAAACCAAAAAGCGUUUCUUUGCGCGACCAUGGGGACCGUGUCAGAAAGCCGUUGCAGGUGCACUUGUCUUCGUGUGGAUUACCCUGAUUGCUUUGACCGUCGCUCUCCCGAUCUACUUCACCAAAAUCUACGGCUUUGCGAAGGAUACCGAUUGGUACUGGCAGCUUCCCCAACCAAAUGAAGACUCGAGUUACCACAGUGAGGCGAACAGGCCUGUCUUCGCUCUGAAGAAUUUCCCGGACCCGGGCCUUGUUGAGCACAAUGGAACGUGGUUUGCUUACGGGACGAACCCCAAGAAGAAGAAUGCCGAUACCAUUCAUGUGCCUGUCGCUACAUCAACGAACUUUGUCAAUUGGACUCUCCAUGAAGGUUAUGAUGCACUGCCCACUCUUGGUGGUUGGGAGAAGAAGGUCAAUCACUGGGCUCCCGAUGUGAUUCAGCGUGAUGAUGGCAAGUUUGUGAUGUACUACUCAGGGGAGGUCAAGAACUGGGGAAGCUUCCACUGCGUCGGCGUCGCAGUAUCCAACGACACAAAUCCACUGGGACCAUACAUCCCCGAGGAUAAGCCAUUGGCAUGCCCCCACGAUCUGGGUGGUGCUAUUGACCCAUCGCCAUUCAGAGAUGCCGAUGGCACACUCUAUGUGGUGUACAAAGGUGACGGAAACAGCAUUGGCCAUGGUGGAAACUGCAACAACGGAAAGAAGCCAAUCGUCUCCGUACCCAUUCUACUGCAAAAGUUGGAGAGCGACGGCAUCACUACGAUCGGAAAACCAAAGAAAAUCCUCGAUAUUGACGAUACCGACGGUCCUCUCGUUGAGGCUCCAGACCUCAUGCGCACCGAUGACGGUGUCUUCUACUUGUUCUUCUCUUCGCAUUGCUACACCUCACUGGGUUAUAACGUGAAAUAUGCCCACUCUACUUCCAUCGAGGGCCCGUACAAGAGAGCUGAUCGGGCCCUGCUGCAGACUGCAGACUGGAAUCUCCUCGGUCCCGGUGGUGCGACAGUUUCCGCUGACGGAAGGAAGAUCGUCUUUCAUGCGAACUGUGGCUCUCACCGCUGCAUGUACGCCGGGGCUAUCGAUAUCAAAGCCAACAACACCGUUGUCAUGGCAAGUCUCCUGGGGCAAUGA